GGCUGAGGUUACGGCGGAGGGAUAUUAUUUCUGUACGACAAAGAGAUACAGUAAAUCGGGAGAGAGAGAACCAUGAUAAAUAAGUGUGAGCCUAGAUGUAUGUCACAUAGUAGGCCUAAUGGACUUAUUUGUAUAAAACACGAAUUUUAACCCCAAAUAUAAUAACGUUAGGAGCAAUCACUGAACACUUCAACGGAAUUAAACUCUGGGAGAACAUGGAGAAGAAACGGUGGGAUUGCUCGGCUCUCCCCAAGGGCUGGCAAAUUGAAGAAGUGACCAGAAAGUCGGGUUUGUCUGCGGGGAAAAGCGAUGUCUAUUAUUAUAGCCGAGGUAAGGAAGAAGAAGAAGAAGAGGAGGAGGAGCAGAGGCGAGAAAGGGGGGAGGCGGGUCGGUUGUAUAGUUUGUGUCCAACCGGGAAGAAGUUUCGGAGCAAGCCUCAGCUGGCUCGUUACCUUAGCAACCAGAUGGACCUCAGUUCCUUCGACUUCCGCACGGGGAAGAUGCUCAUGAGUAAACUGAACAAGAACAGACAGAGACUGCGCUAUGACAACAACAAUCAGACCAAGGGCAAGCCAGACCUGAACACAUCACUUCCCGUCAGACAGACUGCUUCCAUCUUUAAGCAGCCUGUCACCAAGGUUACCAACCACCCCAGCAACAAAGUCAAGACUGAUCCACAGAAAGCCGUGGACCAGCCAAAACAGCUUUUCUGGGAGAAGAAGCUUGGUGGUCUCAAUGCGUUUGACAUCGCAGAGGAGCUAGUGAAGACAAUGGACCUGCCUAAAGGUCUGCAAGGAGUUGGACCUGGAUGUACAGACAAGACUCUACUGUCAGCGAUAGCCAGCGCCCUGCACACUAGUGCAGCCCCUAUCACCGGUCAGCUGUCUGCAGCCGUGGAGAAGAACCCAGGGGUGUGGCUCAACACGACUCAGCCCCUCUGCAAGGCUUUCAUAGUCACUGAUGAGGACAUCAGGAAACAGGAAGAGCUGGUGUACAGUGUGAGGAAGAAGCUGGAGGAGGCUCUAAUGGCGGACAUGUUGGCUCAUGUGCAGGAAGCAGCCAGUGAGGGCGACUCACUCAAUGAAGGCAAUGAUGACAUGGAGACUGUAUAGCAGAGGGAGUCGAUGCUGAGACCAAGGUCUCUUUCCAGAUGAUCUUUGUUUAGCACAACAAUACACAUGAAUACAAUCAAAAUCCUAUUUUUCGAGAGUGUCGGGGUCUCCAUCUCUUCCAGUAUUUUGAGAACGGACACUAUUUGGUUUAAAAGGACCUUUAAAGUGCGUAGACGGCCAGCCUCCUGUUGUUGAAAGUACAUAUGCUGCUGCUGCUGCUGCUGCUACUGUUUACUGUCUAUGCUGUUGCCUAGUCACUUUACCUAUACCUAUACGUACAUAUCUACUGCCAUUACCUCGUACCCCUGCACAUGGACUCUGUACUGAACCCUGUGUAUAUAGCCAAGUUACCGUAACUCAUUUUGUAUUUAUUCCUCAUGUUUUUAUUUUUCAACUUUUAUCUCUGCAUUGUUGGGAAGAAAACAUUCCACUGUAGGUCUACACCUGUACACAAUUGUAUUUUAUCUGUAAAAUGAGAGGGCUUUUCAGGCUUCCACCGCAUUUUUGGGCUCCCCCCAGUUUCUCAACAGAUGUCAGUAUUUUAAAUUCAGAGCUGCAAAUCAUGCCACCCAGGGGAUAUGAUAUGACACAUUUAUAAUUUGAUUUACAAUCUGUAUUAUUUGUUUAGCUAUUUCAACAAACGUCUGUCUUCAUCCUCUCUUCCAGGGAGAUGGGGUGUUAUAGAGUAGUCUGGAUGGGUUUUUCAACUCCUUGUCAAAUGACAAUGAAACCAGGAACGCUGUACCAAUCCAACCAAAAGAACUGCCCACUUUCUGCCCAUCCCCUUCCACGUGCCACCCCUCUGAAGCUCUGCCUACCUACUGUCCACCUCGCCCACUGUUUAGCCUCUUCUGGCACCAGCCCCAUGAAAGUACUUGGACUCAGGAAUUCUGAAUCAAAUUGAUUAUUAGCUAAAUUAUCUUUCUUUUGAAAAAGAUAGCAUGAAAUAAAAUGCUGGCAGGGCAGAGUGAAAGAGAUUGGUUUCGUACAGUAUGAUGAAUUGAGUGUUCAAUGAUGUAGUCUUUUUGUUUUGUAAGACAUUUUAUGGAUUUACUGAAUGUGAGUUAUAUAUUGUGACGAUCAUGUCGUUGUCAACCCACCCCAAAACAUGUUUUAAAUUAAUUGGGAUAUUUUGAAUUAGAAGUGAAUUAUGUUUAUUUACAUGGGUUUUUAUUUCUGGGUGUCUAAUGCACUCCAUGGAGAUAGAUGGACCAUAUUUUAAUGGUACUUUGGCUUAUUUUACAGGGCUAUGUGAGAGGCUUUGGUGAGAGGGAACAAGAUACUUGCCUAAAUGAUGAUAAUGUGGCAGGUAGCCUAGGGGUUAAGGGCGUUGGGCCAGUAACCGAAAGGUCACUGAUUCAAAUCCCUGAGCCGAUGAAAAAUCUUCCCAUGUGCCCUUGAGCAAGGCACUUAACUCUAGUUGCUCUGGAUAAGAGUGUCUGCUAAAUGACUAACAUGUAAAUUAUGCACUCUAAAUUCUAACGCUUGUGUUAAUCACAGGAGAGAGUAUUAGUGAAAAAUCAUUGGAUCAUGUUCUCAAGAAAAUAUCCUUAUUGUUGUAAUGUAGUCCAUAUAAACCCCUUACCCAGUACUUAUGAGUCAGGCCAUACUGUACUGAGUUAUAAUGGGUACAACAGUAAUGAGUCAGGCCAAACUGUACUGAGUUAUAAUGGGUACAACAGUUAUGAGUCAGGCCAAACUGUACUGAGUUAUAAUGGGUACAACAGUUAUGAGUCAGGCCAAACUGUACUGAGUUCUAAUGGGUACAACAGUUAUGAGUCAGGCCAAACUGUACUGAGUUCUAAUGGGUACAACAGUAAUGAGUCAGGCCAAACUGUACUGAGUUCUAAUGGGUACAACAGUAAUGAGUCAGGCCAAACUGUACUGAGUUAUAAUGGGUACAACAGUUAUGAGUCAGGCCAAACUGUACUGAGUUAUAAUGGGUACAACAGUAAUGAGUCAGGCCAUACUGUACUUAGUUAUAAUGGGUACAACAGUAAUGAGUCAGGCCAAACUGUACUGAGUUAUAAUGGGUACAACAGUAAUGAGUCAGGCCAAACUGUACUGAGUUAUAAUGGGUACAACAGUAAUGAGUCAGGCCAAACUGUACUGAGUUAUAAUGGGUACAACAGUUAUGAGUCAGGCCAAACUGUACUGAGUUAUAAUGGGUACAAUAGUAAUGAGUCAGGCCAAACUGUACUGAGUUAUAAUGGGUACAAUAGUAAUGAGUCAGGCCAAACUGUACUGAGUUAUAAUGGGUACAACAGUAAUGAGUCAGGCCAAACUGUACUGAGUUCUAAUGGGUACAACAGUAAUGAGUCAGGCCAUACUGUACUGAGUUCUAAUGGGUACAACAGUAAUGAGUCAGGCCAAACUGUACUGAGUUAUAAUGGGUACAACAGUUAUGUAGAAUGGACCCUCUGUCACAUGGAUCCUCUGCUACAUGUUGUAGAUUUUAUUACUUUUAACACUCCCUGUAUAGGUACUCACUGAAGUUGUUGGUUUAAUGUUGGUGUUUCUAGCCAAUGCACAUUUUUCCCAUGGCCAUGACUUCAGUCAACAUAUUUUUUAAAUGUUUCCAAUAAUGUGUCAAUGCCACCACAACACAUGCUGCCUCCUUGUUAUCUUGUUCACUGGGUGCCAGACAGUAAGCUAAGAUUUUUUUUGUUUGAAUAAAGGUGAAGAUUCUCAGUGUUGAGAAAAUGAAAUGAGCUUUGAACAUUUACCUACAUUUCUCAAAGUUUAAUGUAUGUAUGAAAUGUCAAGCUCAAUGCGAUCCCUAUCCCACAUCAGCAGGCUGACUGCUGAACUGAAUUGGAUUGUGUUACUGAAUAAAAUGUAUCUGUAUUUCAACAGUA